UUUCGCGCCCGAUUAUAACUUAAAUUUUUUUGUUUUGUUCGGCACAGAAGUUAUGCUGGGUCUCUUGGUUACCCAAAAUUUUUUUGCACACAGAGCAGAACAAUUACAAUAUCUGAUGCUAAACUUCACUCUUUUAACUAUGUUAGCGGUAGCUAGCUAACCUGUUGUAGCUAGCUAUAUAGCUAUAAUUUUAUUUGGUCCAGUUUAUUUUUUUCUUACGUUUUAUUUUACUAAAAAAUGGGUGCCUCCACAUGCUAGCGCCAUAGCCAGCUACAUAGCUAGCUAUAGCUACAUUUUGAAAAGACUGACUUUUUGAAGAAGAUGGAAGAGGAAAAAAAGCCAUCUGUAUUUCUUGAUGCUUCUGCACACUUUUUAGCAGGAUGGGUAUCAGGUUGUGCGGGUGUGUUGGUUAGUCAUCCAUUUGAUACAGUCAAGGUGAGGCUUCAAACUCAAGGUGUCGUCCCGAAUGUUACUCAACAUUAUACUGGAACAUGGCACUGUUUGGUAGACACCAUCAAACGAGAAAGUUUGUAUGGACUUUUUAAAGGGAUGUCUUCACCUCUUCUUGGUACAGCUCUUUGGAAUGCUGUUGUGUUUGGUACCUAUGGAAAUACUGUCCGUCUGCUGUCUGGAGGAGACCUUGAGAAACAACAUCAUAUGAAAACUGUGUUUUUAGGAAGUUUAGCAGCAGGAAUUGCGCAAACAUUUGUCAUCUGUCCACUGGAACUGACAAAAACCAGAUUGCAGAUACAAUCUAGUGUAGAGUCGACUGUCUAUAAGGGGUUGAUAGAUUGUGUGAAGAAAAUAUAUCAACAAGAUGGCUGGAAAGGAAUAUUCAAUGGAUACCAAGCCACUGUGUAUCGGGAUAUAAUCGGGUUUCCAGUAUAUUUUUGUGCUUUUGAAGUACUGUGUCGAAUGAUGUCAGAGGAGAAACCACCAUACAAAGACUUGGGGCCAGUGGCUUUAAUUUUGGGGGGAGGAUUAGCAGGGGCUUUGUCAUGGGCUUGUGCAUUUCCCCCAGAUGUUAUAAAAUGUCGAAUUCAGGUAGACUAUUCUGGAAAAUAUACUGAUUUUUCUGAUUGUUUCAAGAAAUCAUACAAAGAAGAAGGAAUGCAGUUAUUUCGACGAGGUUUUGCGCCUUGUGUUAUUCGUGGUUUUCCAAUGAACGCUGCUAUAUUUAGUAUUUAUCAUCUGUCAAUAAGAUUUUAUGAAGAACGAUGGACAGGUACAGAUCUUUCCAAAAAUUAUUCCUAGUAUUUUUUGAUAAUUUAUACUCUGUUUUUUUUUGCUGCACUCCUACACCAAGUUUUUGCCGAACUCAACCAAAUGAUAUGUCUUAACCGUAGUUUAGUGAAAGUUGAAAACCUCGGAAAAUUUUUUGUGCUUGUGGCGCGGCUGGUACUUAUCUCAAUCAAAAUUAAUUCACUAAUUUUCCGUCAUCGCAAAAGUUUUCGUGGAAUAAUGCUAAAUCUUUUCCAAUUUAUUUAGUGUAACUGCGAGUGUUGUAUCCGGCAUAAAUUACCUGAUACAAUUUUUUUCGCGCAAAAUUUUUUAAAAAUUUAAAAUCGGUACGGUCAAUACGCGCAAAGAGAGCGAGUGUGUGCUUAAAAAUUAAAGUUUUUUGGGGAAAAAUGUUAUCAAAUAUUCCCUAUCCUCCAAAACUAAUUUAUCUUUUCUAUCGCGAUUAUCAAUAGAUGCGAAGGUUCGAAACAGGGCCACGGGUCAUUAAAUUAUGCAUGUGACAAAAUUAGGGGAAAAGUCAUAAUAUUUGGGGGUAAUUCAUACAAUUUAUAUAUAGCGUUCGUUUAUAUUUCAAACAAAAUAUAGAGUUAUCAUAAAUAUUUUUCCAUUUUAAAUGAGAAUAUAAUAAUUUUCAUAAUCGGAUAUGUGUAAUAAUCAUAGCAGACUUUUAAAAUAUCAGCUGUUAGUAGUUUGUCUAGAAUCCUGCAAAAAGUUUAAAAUAUAUAUUUAAAGAUUUCAGAUUUUUCUUAUAUAUAUUUCUUUCUUUCUACUUGAAUAUUUAUACGUGCCAAAUUUCCCUAUUCCCCUGUGUAUAAGUACAUACAGUCUUUCCCCUCCGUGCUAUAUGCUCCGUGCAGAAAUCGGUGGUUCAUCUUAAAAAGAAUUACAAUCAACUUUGCUUUAUCUAAUUGCGUAAAUUUAACAAGAAUUUCAAUCCGUUUUAUUGUUGGUUUUUUUCUUUGUUCAGUUGCACCCGUGGUCUUUCUUACACCCACAAAGUGGCAAACAUCUAAAAUUCAGGUAUAUGGAUAUGUAGGAAAAUAGUGUACAAUUUAAUCCGUUGCACAAAAACUGUUACAAGUAAUAAACAUUAGAAAUAUUUUUUUAACGUAUUAUUUGUCGAAAAUGUUUUCAGAAUUAUUGUAUAAUAUUUUAGCACGUAAUUUGAUAGAUACUGUUUUAAAAUUUGAUACAUACUGUUUUAAGCGCAAAUAA